CGGACAGAGGUGUAUUCAGUGGUCCGUGAACUAUUACUGUCCCCCUGUAAAGUCAUGUUUAUAGUUAGUGAUCAUGCUGCGUUAGUUUAGUUAUAAGGGAUUUUUUAGUUUACCAUGUUUUUUAUUUUAGUAUGUUACAUGUGGAAGUUACAGUUAAAACAUUAACAAAACAAUAUAAAAAAAUGCUCUUAUGGAGUUUACAAUAACGAAAUGAAUUUUAGAGUCUAAUAAGUGAGCACCGUAUUGGGAACGCAAGCAGUGAUGUGGCGGACGGGUCGUGUCUUCUGUUUUGGGUCGGCGGGUAAACGAGCAGUCGGACGCUGCUGUAACAACCCAAGAAGGCCUUUAUCCUCAUCAGCCCCAUCAAAAACAGUAAAAGCUGAAAAAGAGAAGCGCAAACGAGGGCGGGAGGAGGCGAUAUUGUCAAGUCAGCAUGGGGUUUCUACGGAGAAACCAAUGAAAUGGGGCGCUAAGCAGGAAACGGUGUACUCGGUUCCAACAGCUCCUGGACAAAAGAAAGACACCAGUCUGCCAUUCCCACCCACGUACAGUCCAACCUAUGUGGAGUCCAGCUGGUAUCAGUGGUGGGAGAAAGAGGGCUUCUUCAGUCCGGAGCAACAUGAAACGUUACCUCACGCCGUGGAUCGGACCUUCUCACUGUGCAUCCCUCCUCCGAACGUCACUGGUUCUCUACACCUGGGCCAUGCUCUGACUGUAGCAAUAGAGGACACCCUGGUCCGAUGGAGGAGGAUGCAGGGCUACAGAGUCCUCUGGGUUCCUGGAUGUGACCAUGCAGGUAUUGCAACACAGACAGUGGUGGAGAGAAAACUGCUGAGUGAGAAAGGGAAGCGCAGACAGGACUUUACCAGGGAGGAGUUCCUGAACGAGGUGUGGAAAUGGAAGAAUGAGAAAGGAGAAGAGAUCUACAAGCAGCUGAAAAGCCUGGGUGCUUCUUUGGACUGGAGAAGAGCAUGUUUUACAAUGGAUCCGCACUUUAGCAGAGCCGUUACCGAGGCUUUUGUCACACUCUGUGACUCCGGUCUGAUCUAUCGCUCUGAGGGUCUCGUCAACUGGAGUUGUGCUCUUGAAUCGGCCAUCUCUGAUAUCGAGGUGGACUCAAAGGAACUUGCUGGGCAGACGAUGCUGUCCGUUCCUGGUUAUAAAAACAAGGUGGAGUUUGGAACUAUUCUCAGCUUUGCUUACCCAGUAGAUGGCCACGAUGGAGAAGAGGUGGUGGUGUCAACCACUCGUCCAGAGACUAUGCUGGGAGACGUAGCCGUUGCCGUUCAUCCAGACGAUCCUCGAUAUCAAUCUGUUCACGGGAAGCAGUGCAGACACCCCUUCACCGACAGAGUCCUGCCCGUCAUCACCGACUCACUGGUGGACAUGAAGCUCGGAACUGGUGCAGUGAAGGUGACUCCCGCUCAUGACCACACGGACUUCCUGCUGUCACAAAAACACUCUCUUCCACGGCUUACUGUUAUCAAAGGAGAUGGGACAAUGACACCCCCCUGUGGCCAAUGGCUGGAGGGAGUGAAGAGAUUCGAUGCCAGGCAGGCUGUUGUUGAUGCUCUGGUUGAAAGGCAGUUGUUCAGAGGAAAGAAAAGUCAUGCUACGAUCUUACCAGUCUGCAGUGAGGCGGCGUGGGCUGCUCCGAAUGCUCGGCCACCUAACGUAACCUUGCCUGUAUCUCAAAUCUUUACUGACCCCGAUGUCCUGGACACCUGGUUCUCCUCAGGCCUGUUUCCCUUUGCCAUGCUUGGUUGGCCAGAACAGACGGCUGACGUGCAGCACUACUACCCUAACUCUAUUCUGGAGACGGGCAGUGACCUCAUCUUCUUCUGGGUGGCCAGGAUGGUUAUGUUGGGCAAAGAGCUAACGGGACAGCUGCCUUUCAAACAGGUUCUUUUUCACUCCAUGGUGAGAGAUAAACAUGGAAGGAAAAUGAGUAAAUCUCUGGGAAACGUCAUCGACCCGUUAGAUGUAAUCAAUGGAGUCUCGCUGGAGAGACUUCAGGAAAAAGUGAUGGAAGGUAACCUUGACCCCAGGGAACAGAUGGUUGCUCUAAAAGCACAGAGCAAAGACUUUCCCCAGGGGAUCCCUCAGUGCGGGACAGACGCACUUAGGUUUGCUCUCUGCUCUCACAAGAUGGAGGCUAUGAUUUGGGAAUACGUCAAAUCUGUGCAGCCCCGGCAGCAGAAUAGAAAUUGUUCAGAGGUCGGGUCGGACAUAAAGCCCAGUGACGCUAACACUGUCCUCUAUCACUGCGUGUCGGUUUGCCUGGCUUUACUCUCACCGUUCAUGCCCUUCGUCACCGAAGAACUUUUCCAAAGACUCCAGCCUUUUAAACACGGAUCUGUUUCCCAAGACAGUCUGUGUUUGCAGCCGUACCCCUGCUCCUCACAACUGUCGUUCGCUCUGUUCUGUGUCCCACAGGAAUACGUCAAAUCUGUGCAGCCCCGGCAGCAGAAUAGAAAUUGUUCAGAGGUCGGGUCGGACAUAAAGCCCAGUGACGCUAACACUGUCCUCUAUCACUGCGUGUCGGUUUGCCUGGCUUUACUCUCACCGUUCAUGCCCUUCGUCACCGAAGAACUUUUCCAAAGACUCCAGCCUUUUAAACACGGAUCUGUUUCCCAAGACAGUCUGUGUUUGCAGCCGUACCCCUGCUCCUCACAACUGAAUCACUGGCAUUUCCCUGAGGAGGAAAAGGCGUUUCUUCUGAUUCAGGAAGUCGUCCGAACAGCACGCUUGCUACGAGCACAGUGUGGCCUGACCAAAGACAAACCUGCCAUGUGGGCAGCAUGUUCGCCCAGUCAGGCCCGGAUUCUUACUCGGUAUGGGUCAGCAGUUUGGACUUUGGGUCGGAUGUCAAACCUCCAUAUCUACUGUCCCACUGGAGCGGACGCUACCUGUUCUGCUCCUCCGCCUGAAGGAAGCCUCAUUGGGGUGGUGGACCACACCUGCCAACUACAUCUUCAGGUCGAGAAAGGAUUAAACGCCGACAAACAGAUCAGGCAACUCUCCCAGCGCAGAGAUAAGCUCGUUCCGAAACUCAAGGAAAUCCUUGACUCACUUCAGUCUCCGGACUAUCUGACCAAAGUUCCUGCUCAUGUCAGACACAGGAUGGAUAAUAAGCGGGCCGCGUUGCAACAGGAGCUGAAUACCAUCGAAUGUCAGCUCAAGGCUCUGCAGGAGGAAUAAAGAGCAGGAUGAGUCCACCAUCGAAGGAUCUGUGGAAGAACGCUGCUCGUGAUUGAAUUGUUAUUAGAGGAUCCCGAGCUGUGGGUGGUGGAGCAGGCACCAGCAUGCUCCUGAACGGGCCCACACGGUUGAGUUGACUGCGCAGGAAAUGUUUUAUUUUGUGUGUUUAUGUGUCUGCAUAUGUACAGUGAUCACUAAAAUUGUCAAACUGAUUUUGCUUCAGGGGCCACAUACAGCCUGAUUAGAUGUCAAGUGAGCUGGACCAGUACAAUCAUAACAUCAUUACCUAUUAAUAACCAUAAGUUCAUGUUUUCCCCCUUUGUUUUCAUGCAAAGAAGUACAAGUAUAUUAGAAAACAUUCCUAUUUAUUGAAAUAUUAUUUGAAAAAACAUCAUGAACAUGAAAUGUUGGUGCAUUUUUUUUUUACUUUAAAAAUUCAUCAAGCGGGCUGCAUUGACCAACCCCAGCGGGCCAAUUUUUGCCUGCGGGCCGUAUGUUUGACAGCUCUAUGCUCUAUGUCUUCUACGGUGAAUUAAAAAGACGUUGCAUAUCGAUUAUGUUCAAAAAUGGAUCAUCAAACUCUUAUUUACUUAUAUACUACUGUAUUACUUUCCUAUAAUAAAUAGGUCUGUCUUUUUAGUUAUUCCGCAUGUGUUUUGUUGUUUAUGAUCACCGAAAGAUCAGUUCUUUAUUUAUUUUUAUUAUUAUACAUUAUUAGUAUAAUGGUGGUGAAUUUAA